AUGUCAGAGCACGGUAUCACGUGAGCCUGCUACAUGGGCGUUUGCGUUUUCUUUAUAAUAACCUAACUACAUUUAAGUGAUUGACCCUGCCUGUUCCUGGUAGGAGCGUUGGGCCAGUAACCGGAAGGUUGCUGGAUCGAAUCCCCGAGCUGACAAGGUAAAAUUAUGUCUUUCUGCCCCUGAACAAGGCAGUUAACCCAAUGUUCCCCGGGCGCCAAAGUCGAUUGAGGCAGCCCCUGCACCUCUCUGAUUCAGAGGGGUUGGGUUAAAUGCGGUAGACACAUUUUGGUUGAAUGCAUUCAGUUGUACAACUGACUAGGUAUCCCCCUUUCCAUCUGUUCUCUGUGUGCAGUGGACCGGAAGGGAGAGUCAGAGGAGUCUGGAGAUGAUGAGACCAGGAGGAAGAGCAUCAAUGGGGAGGUGGACCCCAAUCAGCCCCCAACCACAGGUGGGGGCUAGACACAAGCUAUAGUUGUACACAAGUGUCACGCUUCAUAAGCACAAAUUGAAGUUACUAGUUACUCUAGUUAGAUGCUGUGGUUGUGUUAAAUCACCCCUUGAUAUGUCUCUUUUUGUAAGCAGUUAAAGAAGAGUCUCCCGUUGAAAUGGAUACCAUAACCCUGGACCCAGAGGAAGAGGUGAGGGAGGGGGAGUAGUGUUAUAAGGGCAGCAGGUGGUUAAGAGCGUUUGGCCAGUAACCGAACGGUUGCUGGUUCAAAUCCCAGAGUAGACUAGGUAAAAAAUCUUGAGCAAGGUGCUUAACCCUAAUUACUCCUGUAAGUCGCUCUGGAUAAGACCGUCUGCUAAAUGACAAAAAUGUAAAUGUUGCCAUAACAGUUUGCCUCAUGGAAUUAUGAAUGUUAUUCCAAUGUAGUUCUCUACCUAACACCUACCCCUCUCUUAUUCCCAGGAUGUUGAUCUUGUCCACUGUCGUAUUGGGAAGAUUGAGGGACUGGAGGUGUUGAGGAAGGCUAAGGUCAGUAGGCUGACUAUUGUCUCAUUCACACAUUGUAAAAACAUAAUAUGGCUAUUUUAUAGAGAACAUAGGUGACGUAAUCACAAUGAAGUAAAGGAGACUGUCUGCACAAACAGUAUGACUAGAUGAUUUGAUGCUAAAUGUGGUGUGUGUCCAGACGCUCUCUCUAAGGCAGAACCUGAUCAAGACGAUUGAGAACCUGGAGACGUUAGUGACGCUGAAGGAGCUUGAUCUCUAUGACAACCAGAUCCGCAAACUUGAGAACCUGCAGACCCUCACAGAGCUGGAGUGAGUCUGACGGUACCACACACACCAGUGUUUCCCUCCCUAUCAGCUGACCUAGAGAUUGCCUCAAUGACCAACCUUUACUAACCUCUCCCCAUAUACACUGACUGAAGCAAAUGUUACUUCAUGCACCAUUUCGCACAAAAAGUUUAAAUACAGUAAAGUUGAAUUAAACCUGAAUGUGUUUUGACUCUGAUCUCCAGUCAGCUGGACGUCUCCUUCAAUCUGCUUAGGAAGGUGGAGGGUCUGGAGCGUCUGACGGGGCUAAAGAAGCUCUUUCUGCUGCACAACAAGAUCAGCCACAUCGCCAACCUGGACCACCUCACCGGCCUGGAGAUGCUGGAGCUGGGCUCCAACCGCAUCCGGGUAAGACAGAGGCCAAGGGUCAGGGGUCACAGGCAGUCAAUUGCAUAUUCACAUAGAAUUGGAAUGAGUAGAUCAUAUAUUGGCAUAACAUUGGAAUAUAAUUGGAAAGUGUAGAACAUAUACAUGUCUUUGCAUUGGUAUAGAUUUGGUUUGAGUGAUGUCUCACAAUUGGCAGUCACUCUGCAACAGAAAGUCGUUGUUGCUUUAAAGAGGUGAGGAAUGAUUGCCCUAAUUUGUGUGCGUGCCUCCUUUGUGUGUUUCCAGCUAAUAGAGAACUUGGACGGGCUUUCCUCCUUGACAAGUCUGUUUCUGGGCACCAAUAAGAUCACUCAGCUGCAGCAUCUGGAGGGCCUUCACAACCUGACAGUCCUCAGCAUCCAGGUACACACACACCAUGGUUGGGGUCAAUUCCAUUUCAAUUCUGGAAGUGCACUGAAAUUCCAAUUAUUUUCAAUUUGGAAUUUGAAUUUGGUUUACUUUCUGAAUUGACCCCAACCCUGACACACAACACAUCACUACUGCUUCCUGUAAUGUAUUAAUGUGUUUGAAAACACUGAAUACACUGCAGAAAUGUUGCACGCACAUUUUCUUGCUUUAGUGACCCAACUCGGUUGUUUGUGCUGUUUAGUCGCCCUGAACUGUAGAAAUACAUCUACUCAUGAUGACGGUACAUUAUGAAAGACAAGUGGAUGUUGGUCUCUGAGGAUAUGUUGUUCCUUUCUCUCCAGAGUAACCGCAUCACCAAGAUGGAGGGUCUGCAGGGUCUGGUCAACCUGAAGGAGCUCUACCUGAGUCACAAUGGCAUCGAGGUCAUUGAGGGCCUGGAGAACAACGUGAGUCACUGUCAAUGGCAACCACAUGACUGUAGGGCCAUGCACAUUGCCAUGGCGACUGAUAAAAUUACAGCAGGAAUGCAAUGUUUAUGGAAGCCCAAUAACCCAAUGAAGUGAUGUGGUAAAAUGCUCUACACACAGCCAAUGCAUGUAGUCAUUUGCAAUUACAUGUACUGUAGUUAUUGCAAAAUCCAUGUUGAAUCGGUGUCUGCACGCUAGUUCAAUGCCAAUAAUAGUUUCAUAAAUCAAAUCGAAGUGUGUCUCAAUUUGAUGCUGUUUAUCCACAUAUAGAAAAAGCUCACAACUCUGGACAUCGCAGCCAACCGGGUAAAGAAAAUCGAAAACAUCAGCCAUCUAACAGACCUACAGGAAUUCUGGGUAAGAGGAAAAGAGAGAUUUUAAGGUUCAUGGUGAAUAGGAAAGAGAAAGAAUGGAUGAGUCAUUUAAGCAAUAAGUCCUGGGGGUGUGUGGUAUAUGGCCUAUGUACCACGGCUAAGGGCUGUUCUUACGCACGACGCAACGCCUGCCUCCAUACAGCCCUUAGCUGUGGUAUAUUGGCAAUAUACCACAAACACCUGAGGUGCCUUAUUGCUAUUACAAAAUGGUUACCAAUGUAAUUAGAGCAGUAACAAGAAACGGUCUGAUAUACCACGGCUUUCAGCCAAUCAGCAUUCAGGGCUCGAACCACCCAGUUUUAUAAUAAAAAAUAGAGCACUGUCACUUGUUGGAGGGAAAAAAUUGGUCUGUUGCAGAUUGGAAAACGUAUUUGAAUAACAUGUCAACUCAUCUUUCCCAGAUGAAUGAUAAUCAGAUAGAGAACUGGUCAGAUCUGGAUGAACUGAAGAGCGCCAAGGCCCUGGAGACUGUGUACCUGGAGAGGAACCCCUUACAGAAAGACCCCCAAUAUCGCAGGAAGAUUAUGCUGGCUCUGCCCACCGUACGCCAGAUCGAUGCCACCUUCAUCCGCUUUUGA